UCGCCGUCAGAGGGGAGUGAGCUGAAGUGGGAGCCCUCACUCACACACUCACUCACUCACACACUCACUUCAGUCUGCCUGCCAUAUAGUCACAGAUCAGCAGGUCCAUCCAUCCAUCCAUCCAGCUGUCUUAGGCGUGGCGUGCAGGACUCCUGGAGGCAGUGGGACCAUGCCAACCCAGAUGUUUCCACGGCUGCACGUCUCCGCGGCAACCAAGUAAAGGAGAGGCAACGCUCCGGGGAAGCUCAGGAGGGGGACACGCAGCGCACGGCAAGGAAAAACAAGCAGCCAAUCACAAGGCUGAGAGAGGGGAUCAUCGUGCGUGGAGAGCAUCGUGCGCCUGAAGUUUGUUUGUUUUGAAACCUCACAGCUAUUUUUUCCAAGAGAAAUUGCUGCGAUUUUUAAAAAAAAAUCUCUCCUUUCGUGACUUUCCAAAAAAAUUGGUCAGAGUUUAUUUCUCUGACGGCGAGGGAGAUUUGAUUCCUUUCUCUGUAACGACCGCCUGGAUGAGAGACACCAUGGUCCACCGUUGGACUCUCCUCUCCUCUGCCCUUGUGGUGCUGUUGGCCUUGUCUCUUGUGGAUGCCAAAGGAACCCCAUUCUAUGGAAACCCUUAUGGAAACAGAUACAACCUGUUCAAGGGUGGGGUGAACCCCCACUACAACCCCCAGAAGCCCAUGACCCGACACAAAAACCACUGUGCCUACAUCGUCCAGAAGAACAUCACGUGCAUCAUGCAGGACGGAGUGGCAACCUACGUCAAGGCCGAGUACACCACCAAAUGCAUCUGGGGUCAGAAGUGCCCCGUACUUAUGUACCGCACCUUCUUCAAGCCCACAUACAAGAUUGGUUACAAGACAGUGACAGAACUGGAGUGGCGCUGUUGCCCUGGCUACACGGGCGAGAACUGCUUCGAAGGCCCCACCUCCGGGCCCGACGGCAACGUGCCAACCUUCAAGGGCUCCAUGCCACGGCCCAGGCCCAGGCCUGUGCCAGGAGGACACCUCGAGCCCGGGAAGCCUUACCCUGUGCCCGGGGGGCAUCCCGACAGUAGACCGCCCUUCGUACCCACAGGCCAGCUACCAUCGGGAGGGCCCAAUUACGGCCCUAGGGUAGGAGUGUCUGGCGAGCGGCUGGACCGCAUGGAGACCGACCUGCGGCGAGUGUCCCAGGGCCUGGACACGCUGAGCGGCCUGGUGACCGGCCUGGAGGACCGCCUCCGCCUCACCCUGCGCGACGACACCAACAAGCUCCUGACCACGCUGCUUAGCGGCGCCCCGCCCCGCAUCACACCAGACUCCUCCGUGGGCUUCGGGGUCAUCCCAGACGGAAACCUGGACGGCCUCAGUGGCAGCAGCGAUGGUGGCGGCGGUGUAGGCUUCCUGGGCUUCGGGGAACUAGUGGGUAGGGUGACGGAGGUGAAGGACGAGCUGCGGGUGAAGAGUGACAUGCUGGACGAGAUCCACGGCAUGGUGAUGGGCCACGACGGGCAGCUGAAGAGGCUGCUGGAUGUGGCCGCCGGGCAUCCCAUACCGGGAGGGGUGGUCAACCAGAGGCUCCUGGAGGACAUGGUGGACCGCAGGCUGGCCGACGUCAGGGCCGAGAUCCUGGACGGGUUUGAGAAGAGGCUGCUGGAGAUGGAGGGCAUCUGUGAUGAACGUAUUGGACAGGUCCAAAAGCAGUGUCAGAACGAGCACCUGAAUGGGCAGGAGCAGAUGCAGCAGACACUGGACGGCCGUGAGACGGGCCUGCGGAAGGAGCUGGGUCACCUGCAGGCUCAAAUACAGGGCCUCACGCUGACCGAGAACUGCUGUGGCCAGGUGAGCAGUCUGUCCAAUAGGGUGCUGCUCCUGGAAGAGGCUGUGAAGGGCCUGACCGAGUCCCAGCGGCAGCUGCAGAACGCUCUGAGUGACCAGACCAUCCACAUCGAGGCCAUCCUGGAGACCCGGCUGGAGGACGUCGAGAGCAGGAUGAACGCCACCGUGGAGAGGGGAGGACUGGGGCCCAUUGGACCCGACGGCAAGCCCUUGUCUCCGCCAUCCCGGCCCGGGUCGCCCACGUCCCUGGACGGCUUCAACACGUUGCUGGACGAGAAGCUGAAGUCCCUGGAGGAGCGCCUGUUCGUGGCCGUGGAGGAGCUCAGUAAUGCCACCGCACCUGCGCUGCUGGAGGGACACGUGGUGCCCGCGCUGGAGACAGAGAUCGAGUCAGUCAGGCGUCGCGUAGAGGCCGACCUGGACGGCAUCCAGAAGCAGCUCACCGACCUGGAGCUCCUCUGCACCUCCUCCUGCGCGCCCGGCUCUGGUCCCGGAGAAGGAGGUGACGGUGACGGUCGGAAAACGCAGACGGGUAAAACAACCGGCGGAGGGUCGGACGACUGCGAGGAGGUGGACAAGCGCGUGUCCGGGCGCCUGGACUCGCACGCCGACCAGCUGGAUCACCUCAACACCACCCUGCAGGCCCUGCUGACGCGCAUCGUGGAGGCCGAGGAGGCCGGCGGCAUCGAGGGCGAGAUCACACUCCUCAAGAUCAACGUCAACUCGGUCAACCGCACGCUGAAGGGCCUGCGCGACUCGGUGGGCGUGAUCGCGCGGGAGGUGGGGCGGGCCAACACCACGUGGACCCAGCGCGAGGAGCGGCUGGUCGGGCAGGUGCACGGCAUCACCCAGCUGGUGGGCCGGCAGGCGGCCAUGCUGGGGGCCGGGGAGCGCCGGCUCAUCCAGCUGAAAGGGGAGCUGCAGGGCCUGAGGCAGCGGCUGUCCGGGGAACUGCAGGGCUGCCGCAGCACGGCGCUGGGUGUCCAGAAGGAGGUGCUGGCGGUGGACAGCCGCGUCUCCCAGGUGGAGGGCCAGUGCAGCAGCCUGACGGAGAUGGCUGACGAGCUGGAGCGCAUACGCGGCGAGCUGGAGAGCCACUCCGACGAGUUCCUUUCCCGCGUCAACGGCACGCUGGUCACCCAUUCGCAGCAGCUGGCGCAGCUGAAGGAUGGGCUGGAUGAGUGCAGAGACAAAACUGGCCACCGGGGGCGGAAAUGAGACCAGUAGCAUUUUAGCUACUAGAGACAAAAAAUAAAAUUGGGGGUACGUGGCUGUAAAGAUAUGACAUUAUUGUUUUUUAUUAUUGUUAUAAAUAUAAUUAUUUUUACAGGGCAUUUUGUUUUGUUUUGACCCAUACUUCACUUUUUUUUCCACACAUUUUAUAUUUUCAGUGUUUAACUUAUAUGAAGACAUGACUGCAUUGUAAUUAGAGAGGUAUUUGUACAAAAAAAUGAAAAUAACAAAAGCCACCAGACUAAUACGCUGCUAUGAGUGACAGCGCUCUCCCCGGUCCAAACCUGUCCAUGCCCGUCCUGUCCCUUUUGUAUACUGAACGUCCACAUGAAUGGUGCUAAUUUUGUAUUGUUUUCUGUACAAAAACAUAUAUUGUGUCUUUAUACUGUUGUAUUUUUUUUCAAGAGAAUAUAAUGUUCCUGUGCCUAAAGAAUGGAAUUUGGAAGACAAAAUGUGUUUAGAUUGUAAAAUGGACCAGGCUGCCAGGCCAGGUACUGUAGAUGAAACACUCUCUCCAGAGGUGUCAAAAGUAAAAGUAAAUUUGGGGUGUGUAAGGACAACACUAGCACAUGAUAUUUUACAUAGCUGUUGCAUCAGUUAAUCCAUUGUACCUAAUGAGGUGGAUAGACUGAAAAACACUAAAAACCUAACCUAAGACCCCACCACAAAUUUGAUCCGACCAGCGCAGAGGUAGCUGAUCACACAAGAAGUACACAGGUCUACUGGUGAUGCUGUGUUUUUUACUUUUACUUUUAAUUUUGACAUCUCUGGAUUUCACCACCAGGUGUCAGAAAUUAGUCAGCAGAGGAAAUAAAUAAACAGAUAACAUGUUGGAGAACCGGUUCAUGCU